AAAAAGAACAUAAACUACGUACAAGCUUAAACCCACGUUAUUCCUUUCCUUUUUCUUACCUCAACCAAUGGCUCCAAAAAUCAUCAACAACGCCAUUGCAAUGCAGUUUGCUUUGGCUCUUAUCCUCGUCAUCCUCCUCGCCUCGAACCCCGGUUUCGCGGCGAAGAAAGCAAAACAAAUACUCCGUGGCGUGAAGAUGAACGCCAUUGACCAGUGCUGGAGAAGGGACCUGAAUUGGAUGCGCAACCGCCCGCAGCUGGCCAUGUGCUCCGUGGGGUUUGCUGGGAAGAUGAGCGGCAAUGCCGGACGAGGCCUCAUCCACUACACGGUCACGGACCCGAGUGACAAUGCGGUGAACCCGAAACCGGGGACGCUGAGAUAUGGAGCCACCAUGAUCAGAGGCAAAGUUUGGAUCACGUUCCAAAGGGACAUGCGCGUCACGCUACAGAAAACACUUCUUAUUAGCAGUUUCACAGCCAUUGAUGGCAGAGGUUUUAACGUUCACAUUGCCGGCAAUGCAUGCUUGAUGGUGUUUCAGGAGAGCAACAUUAUCAUCCAUGGACUUCAUAUUCACGAUUGCCGACCCCAGGCUCCAAGCUUGGUCAUGAAUCCGGAUGGGAAGGUGGUUCCACUGGGUCAGGUUGAUGGGGACGCCAUCAGGUUAGUGAGUGCAUCAAAGGUCUGGAUUGACCACAACACUCUCUACCAGUGCCAGGACGGUCUUCUCGAUGUCACUCGGGGUACGACAGACAUCACAAUCUCGAACAAUUGGUUCCGAGACCAAGACAAGGUCAUGCUUCUCGGCCAUGAUGACGGCUACGUUCUAGACAAGAACAUGAAGGUCACAGUCAUUUACAACCAUUUUGGUCCUAACUGCAACCAAAGAAUGCCAAGGCUUAGACAUGGAUAUGCACAUGUGGUGAACAACAUGUACAAUGGAUGGGGUCAGUAUGCAAUUGGGGGGAGCAUGAGUCCUAGAGUCAAGAGUGAAGCCAAUCUCUUCAUUGCACCCAAAUCAGGGAACAAAGAGGUGACAUCGAGAAUGGAUACUAUUGGGAACAAGCAGUCAUGGAAGUUCUACUCUGUGAGGGAUGUUUUUGAAAAUGGGGCUUCUUUCAUUAAAACUGGGUUUGGGGGAGCAAAGCCGAACUAUAAUCCGCAACAGAGUUUCCCGGUUGUAGAUGCCAAGUUUGUGAGGCUAUUAACAAGAUCAGCAGGUGCUCUGCGAUGCACCAGAUCCACAUGCUGA